UUAAAUCCCUUCAUUCCUUGUGCAUAACACUAGUUCUCCUCAUGGCAACCAAUCAAAACACUUUUUCUGUUUCAAUUCCUGAAAACCAAUCUGAUCCGACACGAUUCCAACUGUCUCCGGAUGAGGACUUUGAUUACUCGAAAAGGGGACAAUGGCUCCGUGCAGCAGUGUUGGGAGCCAAUGAUGGCUUAGUAUCUGUUGCAUCGCUAAUGAUGGGUGUUGGAGCUGUGAAAGAAGAUGCCAAAGCCAUGAUACUUUCAGGCUUUGCAGGUCUAGUUGCGGGUGCAUGCAGUAUGGCAAUAGGAGAAUUUGUUUCAGUGUACUCUCAACUAGACAUAGAAGUAGCCCAAAUGAAGAGAGAGAAUAGAAUGACAGAAAAUAAGGAAGACAAAGAGAGAGAGCAGCUGCCCAAUCCUAUGCAAGCAGCUCUAGCAUCAGCUUUAGCCUUUUCCCUUGGAGCAAUUGUUCCGUUACUUGCUGCUUCCUUCAUAGGAGAUCAUAAGGUGAGGAUGGGAAUGGUGGUAGCAGCGGUUAGCUUGGCGCUUGUGAUUUUCGGAUGGAUUGGGUCUGUACUUGGAGGUACCCCUGUGGUGAAGUCUUCUAUAAGGGUUCUGUUGGGAGGGUUGAUGGCAAUGGCCAUUACUUUUGGACUAACCAAGCUGAUUGGAACUAGUGGACUUUAACUUGUUUUAGUUUGCUUGAUUAUGUAAUAAAUUGUAUGUCUUUUUUUUUUUCUUUAUGUCAAAAGUGUACCACUUGAUUUGGAAUAAAAAGUUACAGAAAAUUGCCCCCGCA